AGCAACGGUGCAAACCCCCAAACAUAAUGAAUGAACUGUUGUCAAUGAAGACGAAUAACAGCACAUUCUCAAACUUGAGAUUCUGGAAACAGGAAAUUGCAUAGCUGAGAAAAUAACUGAUGUGAUAAAUUGAUUAGGAAAAAAGUUGCUUAUGGAGAAAAAUCAACCAAACGUUGUCAGAUGCUGUUUGACAGGAAAAAAGGAACAUUUGGUGCCACAGACAUUGUGCGUCCUUGGCCAACACUUCUUGUGUUGCAGCAGCAGCAGCAGCAGCAGCAGCAGCCUGGCGCACAUCCCUCACCUGCCCCAGCUCCUCUCCUCCGACUCCACAUCCUGUCCGAGAGGGAGAGGCAGAAGAGGAAGAGAGUGAACUUCACUUUUACGCGCACUUUUUGAUAAAUCGAAUAUUUCCCCGUCGAUUUGCCCUCGUCUGUUUUUUGGGGUUGUUUUUUUUGUUUUUUUUGCCCCAACAGGCAGAUGCUACUUUUCGAGAGAGGAAACCAAGGUUUGUUAUGCAGCUUGUGGGAGCUGAGGUGAAGGUGCGUCUGAAGGAACAGCGCUCCUGUUGAUCCCGACACCUGUGGGACCCCGGUUGGAGAGGGGUCGUCCGCUCCGCGUCACCGGAGGCGCCUGGCGCACAGGGGACGUCCGCCCAGCGCCGAGCAGCUGAGCGGGAGGACGCUGUCCCGCUCCGCCGGUGGAUUUCAUGUGGACCAUCGAGCAGCAGGAGCCACGACGACACUGCGGUUCCGUUCCUGCGAUGCGCAUGUGAACGUGCGCCCCGAUCCGAAUAGAUCUCGUUCGGACGCCGGGAGACUUUAAUGGAUUUUUUAUGCGGGACCCGCUAGGAUGGACGUGGUAGAUGAAACAGAAGCGUUACAGAGAUUUUUUGAAGGUCAUGAUAUUACCAGUUCUCUGGAGCCAGCCAACAUCGACACCAGUAUCCUGGAAGAGUACAUCAGCAAGGAGGACGAUAGCACUGACAUCUGUUUCUCCGAGGUCCACAGCGCACCAGGACCAAAUUACUCAUCUCCCCAGGCAGGAGUGUCCUCCUCUGGGGGGUUGGUGUGUGGUGUGAGCCCCCCUAUCCCUCUACGCCAAGGAGUCCUUCCGCCUGGGCCCCCUAACUGUCAGAACACCUACCCCCCAGGUCCAUCCCUGGGCCUCCGACACAACUACCCCUGUCUGGGACAGCAGCAGCAGGCACACAUCAAGACUGAGCACAGGGGCCACUACGCUCCAGGGACACUACCUGAGUCGCCCCCAGACUCCAGUUCAGAGCCGUACUCUCCACAGCAGGUGAAUGAUUCUCACAUGAUCAGGACCAUGACUCCAGAGAACAUGUGUCACAUGACUCCAACACCACCCCUCCACUAUCCUGGCAUGCAUCGGGACAUGUACCUGAAGCCUGAGCCCAUGAUAUCGCAGUAUCCCAUCGGCCCUGCCACGAGCGGAAGUGGAGACAUGCAGCAGACACAGAUGCUCCAUCAGCUGCUGCAGCAUCCUCAAGGACAAGAUGGCAUCCCUGUUCACCAGGCCAAGAAGAGGAAGCACUCUGACUCUCCCAACAGCACCCUCAAUUCCCAAAUCCUCACAGGUAUCAUCAAACAAGAACCAGCAGGUUUAAUGCAGGAUGCAGACAACUCCUACUUGGACCCAAACUAUCAGUGCAUUAAGUGGCAACCUCACCUGCAGAACAAGUGGACACCACUAUAUGACGCAAACUGCAAAGAGCUUCCGAUGCCAACCUACCGUGUUGAUGCUGACAAGGGCUUCAACUUCUCCUUGUCUGAUGACGCUUUUGUUUGCCAGAAGAAGAACCAUUUCCAGGUCACAGUAUACGUAGGGAUGCUGGGCGACCCCAAGUACAUCAAGACAAGCGAAGGGCUGCAGCCCAUCGACUGCUUCUACCUCAAACUCAAUGGAGUAAAGGUGGAGGCCAUAAACCAGUCCAUCAGUGUGGAGCAGUCGCAGUCUGACCGCAGCAAGAGACCCUUCAAGCCAGUGCUAAUUUCAUCUGAAGCUGAUAUGAGGCCUCAGUCAAACAAAAAGAGUGAUUAUCAUCAAGAGUUACGCGUCACCUUGCCGCCGGAGCAGGUCACCAAGGUCACGGUGGGGCGGCUCCACUUCAGCGAGACCACGGCGAAUAACAUGAGGAAGAAGGGCAAACCGAACCCAGACCAGAGGUAUUUCAUGCUGGUGGUGGCGCUGAACGCUCAGUCCCACAGUCAGAGCUACACUGUGGCUGCUCAGGCGUCUGAGAGGAUCAUCGUCAGGGUAACGUCUGGCCAUGCAUCCAACCCAGGUCAGUUUGAAAGUGACAACGAGGUGCUGUGGCAGCGCGGCCAACUACCAGACUCAGUCUACCAUCACGGGAGAGUCGGCAUCAACACCGACAGGCCAGAUGAGGCCCUUGUCGUCCAUGGCAACCUGAAGGUCAUGGGCUCUCUGGUGCACCCGUCUGACAUCAGGGCCAAAGAAAAUGUCCAGGAGGUCGACACCACAGACAAUUUGAAACGGAUCUCUCAGAUGAGGCUGGUCCAUUAUCAGUUCAAGCCAGAGUUUGCUGCCACCGUGGGCAUAGAGACCACUGCAGAGACUGGGGUGAUCGCUCAAGAGGUCCAGCAGAUCCUGCCUGAAGCAGUGAAGGAGGGGGGCGAUGUGGUGUGCUCCAAUGGAGAAACUAUUCCCAAACUGUUAGUUGUCAACAAGGACCGCAUCUUCAUGGAGAAUGUGGGGGCGGUGAAGGAGCUGUGUAAGCUGACAGACAACCUGGAGACUCGUAUCGACGAACUGGAGCGCUGGAGUCGCAAACUGGCCAAGCUGCGUCGUCUCGACAGCAUGAAGAGCACCGUGAGCGGAGGCACAGUCAGCCAAUCGGGGAGCUAUUUUAGCAGGACAGGGAGUGGCCCACUCAAGAAGAAGCCAGUCAGACCUGGGAGUAAGAACUCAUCUACAGAUCAGGGCUGCAUCAGUCAGAGAUUCAUGCAGGGCACUAUCCUGGCACUGGUCAUUGUCAUGGCCUUCAGUGUCAUUUCCAUGUCUGUUCUUUACGUGCUGACUCUUCACCAUAGAGGAGACGUCGCAGAUGGCUCUGUUCCUUCCUGUGUUCUCUACAUUUCUUGGAUGCCCAUCUUCACUGCCACUGUAUCUCUCUGUCCACCUGUCUGCCCAUGGUCCAGAGCAGCCAUGGGAUCUUCACGCAAGAGUGCAUAUCCUCCACUGUCCACCACCCCUGCACCUGCGUGCUGUUCAACCACAGCCAUUAACAACCAAUCAACUACAGUUUUGACAUCGAGUACCAACCAAUCCACAACAGACAUGGGCAGUCUGGUUCCCACACCAGGCAUUACUAGUAAGAAGGCCAAGUCCAGACUGAUGGACAAGGAUGGCCACGGUAGAAAACUGAGUCACACGUCAGCACCUUUGUUCCUUGCCAAGUCCAAAAGGCCUGCACCUACAGACCUGGACAGCGCGGGAGCCACCAACCGUCUGCCCGGGAGUCAACCAGUGCCACGUAGACAACGCAGCUUACACACGAAGGGAGGAAGGUCAGCUCCCUCUCUGACUAGUCUGCAUAUCGUCGAAACGAAACAAGAGAUCACAGCACAAACUUGUGCGAGUCCCAAGAGCUGCAGCUACACAAUAUCACUCCACGGAAAAAGAAAUUCCUCCAUCUCACAAAUCACUUUGUACAUGACGUCCUCCAACAACGUGUGGGUAAAACAAUGUGGAGCCACCAAGGGACGUUUAUGCCCCAACCACACAGAGGAAGCGCUCUAUGGUGGUCAGAGUACAUCAACAAAGGGGACUCGUCACCUGUGGUCAGUGCCUGUGCUGUCUUACCAGGACGUUACCUAUCACUUUCGUGUCUCCCUGUCUAGUGAAGUGAGUUGUGCCACUGAAGCAGAAACCUCCGUGUUCUCUGACUACCACUUUCUCAUCCAAAGCAGCUGUGUGUGAGGAGGAAGACGAUGUGUCGCAAGUGCCUUUGAACAAACCACAUUUUCCCAUUCAUACGCUGUUGUGGCGGGAAAUGGUUUUGUCUCCCUCUUGUACAUUAUUUUUAAAGAGAUUUAAUACAGUACCAACAAUAUACCACUGUCCACACUGUAAUUUGCUCCAUAUGUAUAUGCAUUCAGACAUUUCUUUUUGAUGUGAUCACUGGAUUUUCAAACACUGUUUCAGUUUGUAAGGUUUUGCUUUUAUUAUUUCUGUCACCGAAAAUGUUUUAGAUAAUUGUGAUUGACAACUGUGUUGUGUCACUGUUCACUACUAUUGUGAAAGUAACACUCUUCAUUACCAAUCACUAUGUCUUCUAUGUUUAUUUGAAGCCAUAUUCCUUUUUUAGGAGAUUUCACAUUUCCAAAUCAACUCUAAGGCUAAGAUAAUGCACACAUUUUUGUUUAGUUUUAUUUCAGUAUGAGUCUGUGUGUACACUGAAACCAGUGUCAACUGAAAACAAAAACACUGUUGAAUAAUUCUAUACACUGGAAAGAAGAUGAAGGCCUCAGUGAAUGGUUGCAACUCACAUAGAAUAUAUACCUCAGUAGUGUGCACUGGUAAACCCUGGGUCUCGACAGUGGAGCUUUGUGUUUGAGACUGCUGCAGUCAACGAGACUGUCGACUGUUUCCUCAUGCAGCAUCUGAUUAACACUGUACAAAGAGGAAAUUAUCGUGACCAUUCUUUAAACGAAGGCGUCCUUUCAACACAUUUACUGGAUAAGAUGCGAUAAAACUGGACAAGUAAACCAAAUCACUGGAAAUGAACAUGUAGAAACACUGAAUGCUCUUUGUAUGUAAUAAUGGAAAUGCAACAAGGCCAACACUGACAAUAUUUCAAGAAACACUGGAAUAGCUUAAAAUUUAAGUUGCUAACUGGAAUGAAUGCUGGUAAGGCAAUAAAUUACUUAUAUUGUUUCAGGUGCACGCCCAAUCAUUUCUCUAAAAUGGUCCAUCUCAACUUCAGAGGCAUCUCAAUGAUAUUGCAUUUAUAUAUGCACACUGUAGAGAUAAAAUUGGAUAUGAUGCACUGGACUCUUUCAUGGAUUACUGUGGAUGGUUUUAAACACCUUUCUUUUGCUUACGCCAUGAAGAAUAUGUAAUGGUAUCUUUUCAUACAACUUACUGACUUGUAAAUUGUUUUCCUUUCCUGUUUUGAAAGCAUUUAAAACAAGAACUUUCUCACUUACCCUUACCACCAUGCAUUUGUUGCUUUUGUCAAAAUUAAUUUUCAAAUCCUUAUUCCAUAGGCAUCUGUAUUCAGAAGAAAAACACAAUAGUGUAUAUCCAAUGUAAAAUCAAUAUUAUAGGAAUAUAGGAAAAACUGCUAUCGGACAAAAGUUAAUGGAAUUUGUCAUAAUAUGAACACUGUAUAAUGUUUUUAGUAUAAUUAUUAUGACUUAAGUGGGUAUAGUGUAUUAUUUUAGCUUAUUUAUAAUGCACCAGCUAGCAUAAUGAAACCACUGUAGCACUUUUUUUGCACUGUAUAUACAGUAUGAACUGCUUUUGCUCUUUCCAGUGCACCAGAUCGGUUUCAAAUACUCUGGUAGAACUGCAAUACAUGUAACUGUAUAGCUUAAUUUUGUUUGUACCACUGCUCGUUUUUAUGUGAUGUGUUUUAUGAAAUUGUUUUUUAUAGUUCUUUUUUUGGGGUUGUUGUAUUAUCAAUAAUAUAUUAACUUUUAGCUAUUGAAAGCCAGAAAUGAUUGAUAAGCAUGAAAACACACAUACAACACAUUUCUAAUGUUAGCACUGUUUGUUAUAAGAAACUGCCAUAACACUAAAAACAUGUUGCAUAUCUUAAUACCACUACUUUUCCUUUUUAUCCAAUUGUACCAUCACAUCUUCAAAGCCUUUUGUCCAAAAUAUGCUGUAAUACUAUGAUAGCAUGCAGUAAAUAAAUUUGUGAUUGAA